AUGGUCUCUUUCACCAAGCUCGCCGUUGCCUCCAUGGCUACUCUUGCCCUCGCUGCCCCCGCUCCUGAGGAGGCUGGCCUCAUCCAGAUGCGACAGGUUGUCGAGGCUCACUUCGGCGGAAACAGCGAGAUCGCCAAGCGAUUCGUUGACGAUGCUGUUGCCCUCGACGCCCGAGCUGCUCAGGACUGGAUUUCUCUCUUCAACGUCUUCCAGAGCUUCACCAACGCUGGUGUAUCUCUCUUCCUGAACUCCAUCCAGGCUCUCAAGAACGUUUCCCCCCAGCAGGCCAACGCUGCUAUCACCCAGGCCAUCCUCCAGGCUAAGGGAGCUCUCAACCAGCUCAUCCAGUGGCUGCAGAACUACAAUGGACUUGCUGGCUGGACCAAGGUUCUCGUCAACAUGUUCAUCUCCACUGGCCUGAAUGCCUUCAUUACCAACCUUGGUCUCUUCCUGAUCACUCUUUCUACUGUCAUCUCUCAGAACAAGUUGGUCAACACCUUUGCCGAUGACAUCAAGGGCCUCAUCGCUACUAUCAACCAGGCCGGUAACCUGCUCGCAGACAUUAUCCCCGGUUUCCGACAGGAUGCUUCUAUGCUUGUUGGUCUUAACUCUCGACUCCAGGGUCUUCUCACCAACUAA